AUAUACAUAAAUAUAUAAUUUUCUAAUUUCGAAUACUUUGAGCUAUAUAGCUUUAUUUUUGAUCGAUUCAAAUUUAGAAUUCUAAAUUAAUCAUAUUUAAAUUGUAAUAAUAAAUAUUCUAAAUCGCGUACGUGCCAUACGUUUCGUAUAUUCGAAAUUUAAAAUCGACGAUUGGAUAAUUAAAAUUCGAACGUAUAUUCGAAAUUUAAAAUCGUCGAUUGGAUAAAUAAAAAAAUUCGAAAACGGAACGCGAAUUCGAAUACGGUUUCCGUUAGCCCCGUCUCCGCUAGCUCCAUUCCCAUUCCCGUGCGGCGAUGGUGUGAACUGCAUUUAACAUGAGUUCCUCGCCAGCCGUUGAGCCGUCGACCCCCGCCGCCCCCUCCUCGCCCGCGGUCCGACUGCCGGAGUACCCGCAGUUUCAUACGUCGACGCCGAACUAUUUGAAGAAAUCCCACCAGCCCCUCAGUGUCGUGCUGUCCAGUUCGGCGCCUGCGUCGCCGCCUACAUACGGAGAGCCCACUCUCACGCCACCGCCCCGCUCGCCCGGGGCUCCGCUAUCCACCCCCGCCUCUGGAGAUAGCAGGGCGCAGCCCCCGGACGGGACCUCUUCUGAUAAGUCCUCCGAGACGGCCGUGGGCGUAUCGCGCGCCGCUAGCACGGCGCUCUCGCGCAAGGAGAGCUACAAGGCGCAGCGGCAGCACUACAGGCGGGAGAAGAAGCGCGCCGCGACCGCGCUGCUGCACUCCAUCGAGGACCCGGCGGUCGUCGUGCUCGCCGACUGGCUGAAGGUUCGCGGAUCGUUGAAGUCAUGGACAAAGUUAUGGUGCGUGCUGAAACCCGGCCUACUGCUCCUGUAUAAGAGUCCAAAAGCUAAGCGCAGCCACUGGGUGGGCACGGUGCUGCUCACGUCGUGCCAGGUUAUCGAGCGGCCGAGCAAGAAGGACGGCUUCUGCUUCAAGCUGUACCACCCGCUCGAGCAGAGCAUCUGGGCGCCGCGGGGGCCGCACAACGAGACGAUAGGUGCAGUGGUACAACCUUUACCGACUGCGCAUUUGAUAUUCCGCGCGCCGUCGCAAGCGGCCGGCCACUGCUGGCUCGACGGGCUGGAGUUGGCCCUGCGGUGCAGUAAUGCUAUGCUCAGAUGUUCCCGUUCGCGGCCCGAGCAGGCGGUAGACGCGCCCGCGUCGCAGACGAACAUCUCGCACGAGGAGCUUGAGAAGCACUUUAAUGAACACGUAUUCACGCCAGACACCACAGUAUCCACGCCGAGCAUAGCUCGUAAACGACCCCCAAAGCGUUCGUCUUCCAGCGACAAUAUCAAAACCAAACGGCUGGAAGUGAAACAGAUGCGCCACAGGAGUCUCACCUCUAGCCCCAUGAACUUAGAGCUGAUACGCAAAUCGCCCAUCUUGAAGUUCUUCGACAUGCCCAAAUUGGCCCUGAAACAGGGAAGCAAGGACAAGAGAGCGGAGGAGUUGUCGAAUUACGACAGGCGUAGCUCCACGCCGUCUAUACGCAAGUCUAAAGCGGCGCAGAAGCGUAUAAGCGAACUGCGCGAGUCCGGAGCGAAGACCGAUUCGGAAAAUGAUGAUUCCUUCCACAAUAAGCUGAAGCGACGGCUGUUGGGCAACUCCGAAGUGAUCUGCGACACUCCGGAGAAUAUUUUGAUCACAAAAACGGCACCAAGCGACGAGAGGUUCAGGGACACGACGACUUCCUCGUCGGAGGAUUUGGACGUGCCCGCCGGUGGUUGCAGUGUUAGAACGACGCCGUACAAGAAAUUCUCGCUCAUAGAUUAUCACAAGCUACCCUCAGUAAAUUAUGAGGCGUCCCAAACAGAACGGAGAGAUGAUAGGCUAAGCCAGGACAGUGUGUAUGUCGCUGGAAAGAUCGUCACCGAGUUAGCCGGCGCCGCUUCGGACACGGACAGCGAGGGAUCCCGCGGCGGGAUGCCGGAGGUCCAGCCGGAUCCGGUUGUGAGGAAACGUGACAUCAUAGCGAGGAUAGAGGGGUUGUACGUUGAGGAUCCCGAUAGGGAGAUCGGGGCGGCUGGCGAGCUGGUCGAGGAAGUGGCGGAGGAGAACAAGUCGCUGCUGUGGUUCCUGCUGAAGCAGGUCCGUCCGGGCAUGGACCUCAGCAAGGUGGUGCUGCCGACCUUCAUCUUGGAGCCCAGGUCGUUCCUAGAUAAACUGUCCGAUAAUUACUACCACGCGGACUUGUUGGGACAGGCGCAAUCCCACGAGGACCCGUACCAGCGGUUCAAAGGUGUCCUCCGCUGGUACCUGUCCGGGCUGUACCGGAAGCCGAAGGGCCUCAAGAAGCCCUACAACCCGGUGCUGGGCGAGACCUUCCGGUGCUGCUGGCGGCACACCAGCGACAACUAUACGUACUACGUCGCCGAACAGGUGUCGCACCACCCGCCGGUGUCGGCUUUCUAUAUAUCCAAUAGAAAGGAGGGAUUCGUGAUAGAGGGCAGCCUGUUAGCUAGGUCUAAGUUUUAUGGAAGGGUGCACAUUAUAUGCCAAGAGACGGGUUACCAGGCUGACGUGGAGUUCAAAUUGAGAUCGUUCCUCGGCGGCGCGGAUCAAACGAACGCGAUAUCGGGUCGCAUAAAACGCGGCAAAGAUACGGUGGCAACACUGGACGGCUAUUGGGACGGACGGAUUGACAUAAAGGACAAGAAAACCGGGGAGGAGACGAGCCUCCUGGACGUCUCUGUGCUGAAGGAGCAACGCUUGCCGCGGUACCUGGUGAACAUCGACAAGCAGCACGAGUGGGAGUCGCAGCGGCUGUGGAUCAAAGUCUCCGAGGCCAUACACAAUGAGGACCAGGUGGUAGCGACAGAGCAGAAGACGAUCAUAGAGGAAGCGCAGCGCACGCGAGCCCGCAACCUGACGACCCCCUGGGUGCCGAGACUGUUCCACCGGGACUCCACCACCACACCGCCUGAGGGUAUAAUUGACCAGGGUUGGAAAUAUAACCAUUCAGAUACAAGCCCCUGGCAGCCGGACGAGUUGAUCGAGUACGAGGAUGAUUUCGUCAUCCGUUCCGUCAAGUCUGGUCCUUCGAGCCUGGCGGGUGUUGGUGGCGUCGGUGGCGUCGGUGGUGUCGGCGGCGCGCGGCUGCGGGACCUGCCGCGCUCCGAUUCGGACAGUCAUGACGAUUUGGCGCCCAGGUCUAAGACCAACACCCGAACGAUGAAGCAGACGCUCUACUCGAUCGACUCGACGCUCCGCGAGCAAUCGCUCGCCAUCGAGCGCCUGUCGAGGACCGUGGAGUCGCUGCACGAGAGCCAGCGGGCGGCGCCCUACCGGCCGCAGGGCGUCGGCCGCGCGCCCUCCGCCACGCACUCGUGGGACCUGUUCGCUGGCUUCGUACUCGCGAUGGUGAUGCAGUCGCUGCUCAACUGGAUCUUCUAUAAAAAAGACUGAGUGACGUUUGACGUUUCACGUUCGACGUUCGGCGUUCGACAGUGACAUUGACAGUGACAGUGAUGUUUCGAUUUUUCGUCUGUGCCCGUUUCGUUUGCGCGGUUUUUCGUUUGACAGGUGUCGGUGGGGUGGGUGUUGUUUUUUUUUCGGCGCGCCAGUCGCUGCCAUGUUUACAUGAGAAAUUUAGUGUUGUUAUUUUUUUUAAUUCCUGCCAGUUCAAAUAUGGAUUUUUUUAAUGGCAGUUGUUAAUAAUAGUGAGUAAUUGCUGUCAAACAUAAAUUAAAAGUUGUUUUUAAACGAUUGUCAAAUUGAAAAUCGUCCAAGCUGUGAAGGGCAUCGGAUACUUGCCUAUGCUUUGAAAUAAAUGUAUAUUGUAAUAAAUUUACUUUAGCGUUGUUCAGAGCUUAUUAAAAAUAUUAUUGUAUUGCUCGAAUUGCAAUCUCUUUUAUUUGUGCAAUUGUUGGAGUCAAAAAUUAUUAAUUGACAAUUAAAUAAUCGUCACCCGUUAAGUCUGUAGUUUAUGAUAAUCCAAAAAAAGCUAUUUUUCUUAUUACUAUUUGCAAAUUUUGCGUUGAUUUUAAGUUUUUUUUUCUAAUGAAAUAUAAUUAAUCAUUUCUGACACCAACAAUUAACUAUAGCCAAUAGAUAUAUUAUGCCAAAAUAACGAUUUAUUUAUAUAAGAACGUAUAUUUUAAUGUUUACAAGUUGAAUAUAGUUAAAAUAUAUUAACUUGCAGCUGUAGUCUAAAAUGUAAUGGAAAAUUAAUAUUUAUCGAUUAAUAAAAGAAAGGUACAAUUCGAAAUGACUGCGUUAAUUAAAAUAUAUAUUUUUCACUAUAUUCAACUCUAUAUUUUGACAGAUUGGAAUGUCAAAUUUGGCGCCAAAACAGCUGUCAGAGUUGGCACUGCGGGAUCUCGGAAGUUUAAUAGAAACUUUCUAGUGGACUCCCGACAUACGACGUUUAUUUUACGUGUAAAAUAAAUAGAUUAUUAUAAUAAUAGUAUUUUCACAUAUUAUAACGCUAUUUUUAAAUCGCUUAAUUUUUUUCCAGAAUAUAUAGUAGCCACUUUUAUACUUUGUGAUUUUACGAUAAGCGGUAUUAAAUUCCUAUGAUUAUUUAUCACCUACAUUCCUUGCACGCGCGCUUCUAUCACGGAUUGACGGUCGAAAAUAACCGAUUUUGAGGUUGGAAUAAAGUUCGAAAAAAAAA